GUUGACCUUGGCAUUUUCAAUAAACCGCAUAAUGUGCUUCCAAGGAUCGCCGAUUUCGACCCUGAUUCACUCCGUAAAAUGCUCACCAUGGCUCUUGACCCCGUCAAGGGAGCUACGUCGUAUUCACAUGCCAAUCUAAGAGACGCGUCAACGGUGUGUUACAUGCGUUCUAAGGUACAAGUGAAUGCCCCGUCAUCAUCAACCAGCAAGAGGGUGCAUAGGUGUGCAAAGACACCGGUUGCAGUGUCCAUGGUUAACACCACAACUCCUGUUCAUGUCUAUACAAGUCAUGCAUGCAACGACAGCGCCGCACACUCCAACAAGGCUGCACCUGGGCCACUAGAAUUUGCACACUACUUACGGGAGAAGUACCCGCAUCUCGUAGCCGAUGAGUUAACGAUGAUGCUAAAACAUCAGAAUUCAAGGAUGAUAAUGCAGUUGACACAGGCUGGCAACUCCAUAUAGCAUGCGUUGUCUCAGGCUCGUGCAGCUUUGCAAAUGGACAUGUACAAAUUUUCAGAUCAAGUCAUCACCUCGGCUACUAGGCGGUGUGUAUGUUGUGCUGCACGUGGUUUUACAGAUUGUCCUGCGUCAGUUCCUACGAAUUCAAAGGCAGUGCGAUUCACCACACCUGCUGCUCAGAAAAUAAAAGGGCAAAGGCUUGACUUAUCUGACUGUGAAGGUACAUCAACGGCACCGCUAGGAGGGGCUUCUCGGAAGCGUGCCUUAUGCGCCGAGGACUCUACAUCUAGUACCAAGAAAUCAAACUCAGGGGCAUCUUGCAACAUUCUUACUUAUUUCAAGUCAACUAUAGUAUCAGUUGCUCAAAAGUAUGCUGACCUGUCAAAUAACCCAAAUGUCAAUGUCUUUGGUCAAUGUCGAAACACCCCUCAAAAACGGAAGUAUAUAUUCUAGCAUGGGUUUGCAAUUGACCCAUGGACAAAGGGAGUUGUCCCACCACCUCCUCAUCCACCGACGACCGACCAUAUUGCCGCACACUUCACAAAUCUGUCUGUCAAGGAGCUGAACAACUACUACAUUGUACAUGACAAUCCAAGGCUAAUUCGUAUCUAUGGGAUGGCUAUGAGGCAGCAGCUACUCGAGGGCCGAGCGCUUGACCAUGAACUCGUGUCGAUCAUCAUAAGAAGGUACACUCAAUCCGACCAGGAAUCCAAUAUAGAGUGCCCAUACAUGAAAUGGAGGCACAACAUGGAGCCUGAAUUCGUGACGCUUGUGCUAGCGGACCAUGAGUAUGUCACCAACACAUCAAUCCAGGAGCAGCUCGCUGGGAAGGAUAUACCAUACGACAUAACAUCAUCUCAGAUGUUCUUUUUACCAGUUCCACUCGAGGAAGGUUGGAUAGUUCUUAUGUGGGACAUGAUGUCCAGGAAACUCCAUGUCCUUGACCCCCUAAUCAGAGGUGAUGGUCCAAGUGAAGCAAAAAAAGGCAAGCUUGAGAUGAUUGUCUGGAAGCUGCAUCAUGCUUUAUUUGAGUGUCUCAAUGAGUAUUAUGUUGGAUGGCCUACCCAAGGUAGUCAGUGGGUGACCAAGUAUCCGGUUGUUGCGGAAGAAUCAUUUACCAGAGACGAAACCGGGGGUUGCGUGCUUCAUGCCAUCAGGCACUAUGAUGGCUCUAAGUUGAAGAUUCCGCUCACGAAGUACAAUGCCGACAAAACCAAAAGGCAAGCACUGCAUGAGUGCCUCAAACUACGGGGGAACUCGUCGAAGUUGGUGCAUGAUGCAUUUUGGACGGCAGUCUUCGCUACCGCGUCAUACGUCAACCAAAACGUCAUGCUACCCUACUGUCGGAACAGUCGUAGGAGCACAACACGAGUACCAAAAGGUCUUGCACAGCCGAAGGCAACUUCGUUAAUCGAUGAUCACGUCAAAGAGGAAAUCUGGUAAUUUAUAACUGCUUGCAGGAAUAUAGUCGGUGAUGUCCCUGAAACGGGUGUUAUCGGCCUGGUUGGAGCUUGACCGUCCCCACCAUCUGCAACCAAUAUCAGAUUUUAUGAGUGCUGGAACAUAAACAGAGGAUAGAAUAUUUUACUCCAAACAAAUCAGCACCAAUCUGCUUCUAGCAAGUACCUUCGUUGUCGCGGCGGAAGGACGGACCAGGUCGGCAGUUUCUCUGCACAUCCAGGGCCCGAGGUCGGGACUGCUGUUGUCUACGUAAUAGAGCCUCUUCUCUGGCAGAUCCCCCUGUCUCCACUUGUUCUUCACCAUGCCAGCCCAACAAGAUGGGACCGUUGCAAGGUGGGUCCUCGUCAUCAUCGUCUCCUGGACGCCCGCUCCGCACGACCAUCAUCGCUUUGGCCAGACAACAAACAAAUAAAUUAGGUUAGAGACUAGUUAUAUUUUUCCAAUGUGGUAUUUGACGUUCUUCAUAUGUUCCAGUUAUCUAAGACACACCUCGUAUCCAUGCAAUCCAACGAAUGCAUGUGUUUAUUGUGGAAAGUAAAGCAUUAAUG